CGCCAGAUAACAAAACAGGAGGAAACAGAAGAUGGACCACUGCGUCUAUACUAACGCCCCCAUUCGGAACUCCGUGAUUCUCGGAAUCCGAGCCCCUUGCUCUCGUACAGGCCGUUGAUGGUGUGAAUCCCGUCUCGACAAGUGCCGGCCUUGACACCAAAACUUCAAAAUGCACGACUACCCUGGCGUAGGCAAUUCUGAAAACGGUGGAAAGAGCCAUGAUGAAUUCUCAGUGAACAUGGACUACAAGGCGACUCCCGUCAGGCUGCCCCGCUAUUCCACAUUGAACAACUGGAUCGUUCUUGUGCCACCCGAGCCUUCUCUCUUCAUUCGAGUAAUUAGGUAGGUAAUUAGCACUUUCAACCCCCUCCCUCCCCCGCACCCGUCACAUUCCUGCUCUGGGACUCGACUCACCCAACACUGCCAUGAAUGAUGGGCAGUCGUCCGGCCCGAUCGCCGGCCUCAACGUCACAGUCCAACCGCAAGAUGUCCCGCGAGAUAUACACUCGGGUGUACUCGCCAAGGAGUGCCGGCCAGCUCACGUCGGGGAGAGGUCCAACGGGGCCGUCGCUCUCACAGAAUGACCUCCUCGUCGAGUUUACAAAACAUGCCGAUCUAUGGAACCGAACACCCACGGCCCUCGUGUCGGUUAGCAACCGCAUUGUGGACACGGUCCAGCGUGCAUGCCAGAAAUAUAAAUCUGGCGAAUCCCCCGCGAAUACCAUCUGGGUGGUAUUUAUCGAAGUUCCAGCGGCCAGACGUCGGACGCCUACCGUGACCCGACUCCACCCCGCCCGUGACCUGGCGAAGCAGUGCCUGCGACGCUGGGGCCAGGAACUUUCGCACUUAUUAGAACCCCCAGUCAAAUUCGACCAUGAAUUCCUUUUCGAAUGGGGCAUACCCGAUGACCACGUACUGCACCGAGUCUCCCUGCAGACGUUGAUGGAUCGCGGGCUCGACGUUAAGGCUUCAUCAACCGCCGACUUUCAGGACUCUAUGGCGAGACAGUUCUUCGGAGGUGACACUUUUGACAUCGGCGUCAGCUUGGGUGGCUUCGCACGGCCGUUCGGGGCUCGAGCGCCCCUCGAGUGGAUCGUUGCUCGGUUGUAUUACGAUUGUGUGCGAACAGAGACGGUUGAUUGGAGCCCUUAUAUGAUUAUGCUCAAAUACGAUAAGGAUGGCCAUCAUUACAAGAUGGUCGAAAUUAGCUUCUUUCGCGAGUUGGAUGACGCGGUCGGCACAGUUCUGAUGGACUGGUGGCUUGGAGACAGUUCCUUUGCAGACGAUUACAGGGAAUUUGAGCGCUGGCGAAAUGCCAUGGAGAAAAAUAAUAAUGUACUGCGGGAAGGCCUAUCGGCGAAGCAAAGGCAGGAAAUUGAGGGAAGAGCUGUGAGUAUAGGUCUAUAGACCCGUAGUAAGAAAGGGUGCUUCAGAAAG